AUUUUAAUGCGAUGGUGUCCCCGCGGGAUCAAACUUCAGCGUCACAGCUGAGGACUGGCUUCGUGGUCCCUGAUGGGAGAGCAUGAACAGGUGCCUCCCAGGCUUCCUAUGGUCCCUAAGUCCCAGGUUCUCAGCGUGACAUUCCAGAGCAAACACAGCUUCCCAUUACUCUAUACCAGGCACUGGCAUGGAUUAAUUUAUUUAAUCACAACAUCCCAGUAAGCGACCCUCUUUUGGCCGGCCUACCCCGGGACCCUGACUACUCUGUGUCCUGCCUCUACUCACCUCCCUCACCCUCCAGCGUGUGUUUGCCUGCUAACAUGAAGUGUGACAAGUACUGGGGCUCUUCCUCGGACAAGGCUCUGGAGCAUACAGCUCACUGGUCCAGGACCCCAGAGCCAGAGACCUUGGGACGCCCUGUUUCUGGGGACACAGUGAGGACUGCAGACUGCAGGCCAGGGUGGGGCUCGGGGCCUCCGCCACAUGAGGCUGCCCCCUCCCCCAGUCCAGACCUGCAGAAGGAGUGCUGUAAUGACCAGGACGUUUUGAAGAGGCAUCACAACGUAGCUAAGAAGCCCUUGGAGACCAGCUCUUCCAAAGUCAAAGCCAAGACCAUUGUGAUGAUUCCCGACUCCCAGAAUCUCCUGCGAUGUGAACUUGAGUCGCUCAAGAGCCAGUUACAGGCCCAGACCAAGGCUUUCGAGUUCCUGAACCACUCAGUGACCAUGUUGGAGAAGGAGAGCUGCUUGCAGCAAAUCAAGAUUCAGCAGCUUGAAGAGGUGCUGAGCCCCACAGGCCGCCAGGGAGAGAAGGAGGAGCACAAGUGGGGCAUGGAGCAGGGCCGGCAGGAGCUGUAUGGGGCCCUGGCCCAAGGCCUUCAGGGGCUGGAGAAGACCCUGCGUGACAGUGAGGAGGUGCAGCGAGCCCACACCACUCGCUGCCUGCAGCUGCUGGCCCAGGAGAUCCGGGACAGCAAGAAGUUCCUGUGGGAGGAGCUGGAACUGGUGCGGGAGGAGGUGACCUUCAUCUAUCAGAAGCUCCAGGCGCAGGAGGAUGAGAUCUCAGAGAACCUGGUGAACAUUCAGAAAAUGCAGAAAACGCAGGUGAAAUGCCGCAAAAUCCUGACCAAGAUGAAGCAGCAGGGUCACGAGACAACUGCCCGGCCGGAGACUGAAGAGAUACCGCAGGGAGCCAGUGGCUGCUGGAAGGAUGACCUCCAGAAGGAACUGAGUGAUAUAUGGUCUGCUGUGCACGUGCUGCAGAACUCCAUAGACAGCCUCACCAUGUGCUCGGGGGCCGCUCUCAAGGCCUCGAGCCUAAGAGGCCACAAGGGGCACUGGUGUCUGAGCCCUCCACUCCCCUCCUGGGACUCUGACUCCGACUCUGACCAGGACCUCUCCCAGCCACCUUUCAGCAAGAGCGGCAACUCCUUCCCAGCCGGUGCAGAUCCUCCCCAGUACCCCCUCCACCCAUUUCCCUCCUGACCUGCCCUUGACUCCCACAGUCUAGACCCUCGGAACAGGCCCAGAUCCUGAUCUGGGCAUGCGGUCCCUGACCUGCAGCCCCGGAGUCCUCUGGACCUGGCCAGGCCCUGACCCACCCUCUCUCUCCACAGCUUGAGCAGCCGGGACUGCUCUCCCUGAAGACCCCUCCAGAGAGAAAAUAAACUAGCCGAGACCCUCCUCUA